CCUGGGGCCUCGGCCGGGUCGGGCUGCCCGCCGCGCUGCCUGCGCCGACGACCGACGGGGACGCGACAGGUCUGCUCUGUGCCAGCUCAGCCUUGCCGUGUCUCAGGGGCCCCAGGCCCCUCAUCUGACUGGGACCCCAGCUACCUGCCCAAAAGGAGUCCUUCAGGCUGCAAGGCCGGGUAGAGCCCCGCCCAUUGCCCCAUCACGGAUGCUGGAGGCCCCGCCCCUGCUGCUGGCAGCUGGCGCCCUUGGCCUGGUGCUGCUGGCGCUGCUGUGGCUGCUGCGGGCCUUGCGACUCUGGGGCCUGUUCAUCAUUGGCUGGAACGAGCUUGUCCUGCACCCCGUCCGCAACCUCCUCAUGGGCAACAGCAAGGAGCAGCGCAUUCUGCGCCACGUGCUGCAGCACGCGGUGGCCGGGGACCCGCAGAGCGUGCUGGACACCAUCGACGCCUACUGCUCGCAGAAGGAGUGGGCUAUGAACGUGGGCGACAAGAAAGGCCAGAUCGUGGACGCCGUGUUGAGGGAGCAGCGUCCCUCGGUGCUGCUGGAGCUGGGUGCCUACUGUGGCUACUCGGCCGUGCGAAUGGCCCGCCUGCUGCUGCCCGGCGCCCGGCUGCUCACCAUUGAGCUUAACCCUGACUACGCCGCCAUCACCCAGCAGAUGGUGGACUUCGCAGGCCUGCAGGACAGGGUGACCGUUGUCGUCGGGGCAUCCGAGGACAUCAUCCCCCAGCUGAAGAAGAAAUAUGACGUGGACAUUGUGGACAUGGUCUUCCUCGAUCACUGGAAGGACCGGUACCUGCCAGACACGCUCCUCCUGGAGGAGUGUGGCCUGCUGCGGAAGGGGACAGUGUUGCUGGCCGACAACGUCAUCUGCCCGGGGACACCAGAGUUCCUGGAGUACGUGCGUGGGAGCAGCCGCUUCGAGUGCACGCACUUCAGCUCGUACCUUGAGUACUCGCAGGUGGUGGACGGCCUGGAGAAGGUCAUCUACAAGGGCCUGGGCAGCCCUGCGCAGCCUUGACCGCCCACCCUGCCCCAGCUCCCUGGCCAAGCCGGAUUCUGAAGGGUGUGGUGGCCCUACUCCCAGCUGCCCCAUGUCUGCUAUGUGUGCGUCUGUCCUCAGUGCAACACCAUCAAGGCCUGCGAGGCCCAGGCCUGCCUGUGCUGGCCCCUGCAUGUGGGUCCACCCCAAGCGCGACCAGCUCACCUUGCAAAAUCACUGCAGUAAAUCUGGAAAGUAUCUGACUGUAAAGGCCAGCUCAGGCAGGUGGAGUCCGUGACAGUGUCACACCCCCACCCCCGCCCCCACCCCCGCCCCCACCCCCCAGCAUUCCAGUCAGGCUUCUGAGCCUGCCCUUGAGGUCUGCCGUCACCAGGUGGCAGCAAUGCCUCAGUGAUUGCACCAUAACCAACAACUCACCCCACACUUCUGACUCUUGAGUUCUUUCACUUCCUUUUUAAGAAUGAAAUGCAACUUCUUUACUAAAAUCAUGUUAACAAUCUUAUAUACCAAUAUCAUGUUUAAAAGAUAGUAAAAUAGAAAUUAAAGAUCUAAAUAUUUAGGUAAGA